AUGUCUGGCCGUGUCGUGGGAAUGUUCUGCAUGCCGGCGCCGUGUGGUCUCGACGCGCUCUCCGUCGCGCCAUGGACGGUGGUCGACUCGGUCGAUGUGGAGCCGCGAGGGCCGACUGGUCCCCGCUUUGGGGCGGUCUUUGCGGUGGCUGGGCCUGGCGAGGCUGAUGUGGCUGGGCCUGGGGCUAGUGCCGCCGAUGUGGCUGGAGCUGACGAGGCUGGCGCGAUUCUGCCAGCAGCGGCAUGCCCUCUCUCCCGGCAGGGCAACAAGAUGAUGGAGACGACGAUGGAAGAUGGCGUGCUGGUUGUUGGCCCGCCACGCGCCGAGUCGAGCGAGGAGUCGUGCCUGCAUGCAGCAGCGGUCAACGCUGGAUGUCCACGUUCGGACGAUGAUGACGAGCAUGUGCGACUAGAUUUGGCGGGGACAAGGGCAACGGUGUCGGGAAGGCAUAUCCGUCGCGGUGUCGGGCUUAAGAUUGAGGGUGAUUUGCCAUUUGUGCAGGGCGCGACUGGAAUGAGCGCGUCCAUUGCGCACCUGGUUGUGCCUGACGACGAGUCGCGACAGGCAUGGAUUGCAGCGCUUAAUGCUGCGGCAGCCGUGGCCGCCACUCGUUCCUCUGCGCCGACUCGCCUCCGCAUUGUGCUGACCUUUACUGGGCCGCCGCCGGAGCGCCACGAGCUUGAGCCUGUGAUGGUGGUCGACGCGCCCGGUGCCGCCCGCCAAGGCGUCGAGCUCGCCUGGCAGUGGGUCGCCGCCAACUACCUCGCCACCGCCCGGGCUGUCGGCCUCACGCUCUCGCCCGCCGAGGUUCGCCGCAUUGCACUGGUCUUUUUUGGCAAUCUCGCGCUGGCGUCGCAGCAUCCAGACUUUGCGCUGCAUGUAUUGGCCAGCCCGACACCGGCACCAGCUGACGACGAAAGACCGGGACCAGCCCCAAGCCUUGCUGCAGCGCUUGCGUCCAUCAAGCCGAGCGCGCCGCCAGCGCUGGCGCCGUCACCGCCAGCCGAGGCACUCGACGCAUCGCAGUACUUGUUUCAGGCCAUUUCGCUGGUCGACACGCUCACAAGCGCAAGUCCGAGCCCGAGCCCUGUGCCGAGUGCAGACGAUGGUGAUGAUGGCGAGGCGGGAUCGAGCUCGGGCGAGGCUGGAACCAGCGGGCUUGCCAUUCUCAACACCUCUUUUGUCGCCCGCGGCAUCUUUCUUGUCUCGUCAUUUGUGGCGCGGCUGGUCUCCGGCCCGUCGCUCAAGCUCGGGGUGCUGCAGAUGAUGGCGCGCGCGACGCGCGAGGCCGGCAUUUCGCUGCAGCCGAUGCAGAGCCGCGAGCCGCGCGGCCCCAAGACCCGAUGGCUUGUCGGCAACAUCCCGGACAUUCUCCCCGCCAAGGGCGCGGUCCAUGCCGCGGCGCUCCUCACCUAUGAGUACGGCAAGCUGACCAAGCUCGCGCUAGGCAAGGAGAAGUUGUAUGUGGUUGCCGACGCCAAUUAUGUGCACCGGAUCAUGGCAUCAGCCGAAAAGCGGUUUCCCAAGCAGGAGGUCAUGGCACGGUCGCUGUUCAUGGCCGACGGCGAGACGUGGGCGUCGUCGCGGCGGACGCUCCUACCGGCUUUUGGCACGCGGUCGAUGAAGCACUUUGUGCCGGCGUUCCACGAGGCGACACUCUGCCUUGCGGCGUCGAUGCGAGCGCUUGCGGUGGAGAGCCCCGGAACGGCGUUCAAUUGCUUCGAUGCGUUCAAGGAGCUCACGUUCCAGGUCAUCUGUCGGUGCGGGUUCGACUACGACGCGUCGCGGGCCAACCCACAUGCGGAGGCCUUUACCUCGGCGUUUGAGUUCAUCAUCCACCACCAGGUCACGCGCUCGUUCCAGUUCGGCUUUCUCAAGAUCCUGCCGACCUCGUCGAACCGGCGGUUUGCGGCAGCCAAGGCUUCGAUUGAGACCGUCGUCGCCGACAUCAUGGCCCAGCGACUGGCGGAGCGUCCGGCCGGCGUUGCUCGCGGCGAGCUGCCGCCGUCGGCGUCGGAGCACGCCGACUUUCUGGCGUUUAUGAUGGAUAACGCCGACCCAGAGACGGGUGACUUUAUCUCGCACGACAUCAUGCAGGAGCAGGUCAUGGUCUUUCUUGCCGCCGGUCAUGUCACCACCACGCUCCUCACCUCGUGGGCGCUCUUCUGUAUCGCGCAGCAUCCCGAGGUCGAAGCCAAGAUCCUGGCCGAGCUGGCCGGGGUGCUUGGGCCGGACCCGGCGGCGCUGCCGUCGUUUGCGCAAAUUGGCGAGAUGCACUACCUGCUCAUGGUGCUGAAGGAGACGCUGCGGUUGUACCCGGCGGCUCAGUCGGUCAUCCGCUACCACCCGGAGCCGUUUGUGGUUGGUGGCUACCGAGUUGCUGGCGGGAGCCACUCGAUGACCGUUCCGUGGGUCAUCCACCGCGACCCGGAGCUGUGGAGCCAGCCUGAGGCGUUCAUCCCGGAGCGAUUUGCGCCCGAGCGCGAGACUCGCCGGCACCCGUUUGCGUGGAUGCCGUUUGGCGGCGGCGACCGUGUGUGCAUUGGCUCGCGCUUUGCGCUUCUCGAGGUCCGUGCCGUCGUUGCCGUUCUCCUCCGCAACUUUCACUUUGAGGUUCCCCCGGGUUUUGAAGUUGCAGCGUCGCGAAAUCCGGUGGAGCCCGACGGCGGGCUGCUCCUGGUUCCGUCGCUCCGCGAUUCGGCGGCAGCCGCGAGCCAGGGUGCGGCUCUGUACGACUCGCUUGCCAGUUUUGCUACCCACGAUCCGGAUGCGCUUGCCGAUCACAUUCCCAAGCACCUCGAGGUGGUGGCUAACGUCUGCGGUAUGUCUGGUGAACAGCUGGCGGCGGCAGCGGCGGCGGCGCAGGAGAGCGUUGCAGCGGCAGCGGCGAGCCCAGAGCUAAGCGAUGAGGUGAUCCGGCUGGCGCCGAGCCUCAAUGGUGUCGAGGGUGGCCUCGAACUGGUAAUUGGUUACGGGUCGAACAUGGGCACCUCGCGCGGCUUUGCGCAGACGAUUGAGGCCGACGCAAGGCGACGGUACGGCAGCGCGCUGAGCAGGGUAGUGAUCUCGCCGCUCGAUGAGGUGCUGAGCUCUGGCGCGCUGGUGAGCAGCGAGCCCGACGCGACGAGCGUGCUGGUUGUUGUCACGUCGUCGUACAACGGUGAGCCGCCGGACAACGCGCGCGACUUUGUGGCGUGGCUCAGCGAGGCCAGUCCCGAGUCUGCCGGCCUCGGCUCGUGGUACACGGCAGUGUUUGGCUGCGGCAACACCCAGUGGGGCCAUCGGUUCCAGGCUGUGCCAAAGAAGGUUGCCCACGAGCUGGAGCGGUUAGGAGUGAGCGCGAUCUGCGAGCGUGGGGCUGGCGAUGACGACACCUCGCUGGACAUGGACUUUGAGGCGUGGUACACACUUUUUGUGCCGGCGCUCGACAUGGCGUACGGCGUGGAGGCGGUUCCUUUGGUGUCCGCCGACGGUGCCGAUGACAUCGAGUCUGGCGACGAGCUUCCAGCGCUGGUUCUCGAGGCGGCUGGGCCACACGCCGAGGCGCUCUCGCUCGAGGCGCUGCACUCGUCCGACGGCGGGCGUCGGAUGCGAGUGGUGGUCAACGACGAACUGCUCUCACCCGAGUAUGUGCGCAAGACCGGGUUUUCGACCCGGCACAUCGAAGUGAUGAUGAACAGCGGCGAGAAUGACAAGUACGCGCCGGGCGACCACAUCGGCGUGUUUCCGGCGAAUCCCGAAGCUGCGGUGGUGCGGUUUGCGGUCCUCGCCGGGCUCUACGAUGAGCUCGACGAGUUGGUGGUGGUGGGCGACGGUGGCUCGUCGUGGGACGUCCUGCAGCCGGGGACGGCGACUACAGCGAGGUUUGUGCUCACCCACGUGGUGGAUGUGUGUGGCGCGCCGCCGCGGAUGCUGCUUCGCAAGCUCGCGCAGUUCUGCUCGGUAGCGAGCGAGCGGGCGACGCUGGAGAUGCUCGGCUCGUCAACGGCCGAAGGCAUGGCGGCGUACGAUGAGCUUGUCCUCGGACGGCGGCUGACGGUGAGCGAUGUACUGCGGCAGUUUCCAAGCGUGGCGGUGGCUGGCGCCAGCGUCUGGUUCUGCGGCCUGCUGCCCAAGCUCAAGCCGCGGCUGUACUCGAUCUCGUCGGCACCGCAGGGCGGUCUUAACGAGGUUGUCUCACUCACAGUCGGGGUGGUCCGCGAGACAGCACCUGCCUUUGGCGGGUUGGCGUCCAACUAUCUGGCGGAGCUUGCACCGGGGACCGAGCUGUGGGCCUUUACGCGUUCGUGCGAUCCGCACUUUCGGGUUCCGGCUGCCGGAGAAGGCGGGUCGACAGACGGGGUGGCGAUGGCGCUGGUUGGACCGGGCACCGGCUUUGCGCCGUUCCGCGGUUUCCUGCACGAAGUUGCGCGGCGGCCAGGGCCGCACACGCAGCACAUGGUGUUCAUCGGAUGUCGCCAGGCCGGCGGUGACGAGCUGUACGCUGACGAGCUGGACGGCUUUGAGGCUGCGGGCGUUGUGGGCACCGUUUCGCGGGCAUACUCGCGCGAGCAGACGACAGUCUCGGGCUCGCGGAUGUAUGUGCAGGACCGAAUGGCAGAAGCCGCGCGUCCGCUGUGGGAGAAGAUUCUGUCUCCAGUAGCCGGCGGGCGUGUCUUUGUCUGCGGCGAUGGGCGGCGGAUGGCUAAGGACGUCCGGCGGGUUGUUGCCCGCAUUGCCGAGGACGAGGGCGGUGUCACCGAUGGCGUCGCAUGGCUCGCCGACAUGCAGGCCAGCGGGCGAUAUGUCGAGGAUGUGUGGGGAUAGGGCAGUGUAACACAGAUCCCGGAGCGGGGA